AACAUUUGUUGGAUGCCAAUCGCCGUUAAACCUCAUCGAAUAAGAAGCUUUUACAGCUGUUUGGCAGCUUUUUUACGUUUCAACAUUAACAUUUGCCUUUAUAUUCGUGAGGUUGUUUGGCGACUGAAGUUUACUUCCAGAGUCUUGCUUCCGAGUGUCGUUGAUUAGGGUGUGGACGGAGCGCUUUCUGUGAGACAGCAGGUCCUAAGUGAAGGAGCAGGUCUGUCUGCUGAGUCACUGCAAGCAGGAAAGGGCACUAGGCUAGUGGAGCAGCUUACCGCAGAGCACCAUGACCUACCGGCUGUUUGAGGAGAAACACCAUGCCUCCAUCUACCAGAGGUACCGCUUUGUACCCCCAGAGGAGAUCAGAGACAUCAUCCUGCAUUACCUGGAAAGGAAGAAAGUCCAGCCUCAUGCCCUAGCUGUGGACCUGGGCUGUGGGACGGGGCAGAACUCACGCCUGCUGGCCCCACAUUUCCAGGAGGUGGUGGGCAUUGACAUCAGCGAAUGCCAACUGGAGGAGGCCAGGGCAGUGGCAGGGUUCAACAACAUCACCUACAGGAAAGGGACAGCUGAGGAGCUGCCGUUUCCGGAUGCUUCUGUGGACCUACUGACUGCAGCCUCAGCAGCCCAUUGGUUUGACCAGCAGCGGUUCCUCUUGGAGGCAGGCCGGGUCCUGAAGCCUUGCGGCUGCAUGGCUCUGCUUGGCUUUGCUGAUAACUUCAGACUCCAUUACGGCACAUGUGGGGACAGACUCACUGACAUCUGUGAUGAGUUCAAGAAGGUGCUGUUGCCAUACACCAGCACACAGGUAGCCGUGUCCAACACCAAACUAAAGGAGCUUUAUACUGCUAUCCCCUUCCCUGACAAAGAGAGGAUUGAGUGUAUCCCACUGAAGCAGCAGAUCUCAGUGAGGAACAUAGUGGGCUUCAUGGAGUCCUUCUCCACGUACCAGGCCUUCCAGAGGGCCGAGCCUGAUGCUGCCACCACACUGCUGCAGAGAACACUCAACAGGUUUCUGAAGGAGAUGGGAGUCACAUCACCAGACACACUCAUGGAAGUGACGCUGGAGUAUUUCUGUGUCCUGGCGUCUAAACCGGAGUGAACUCUUCAGUGUGAAUGUGUUUGUAUGUAGACAGAUGUUUCUUAAGCUUGUGUCAACCAUGUUUAAGCUGUUAAGUAGUAUUCUGUUCACAUAAGAUGUCAUUGAAGUCCCUUUGGUUUUGUCUCUUCUUUUAUACAUUGUAAUGUAGAGCAAACUAUUAGCCUUAGUCACAUCAUUACCAAAAUGCUUGCCACAUUUAGUAUCUUCCUUGCCUGAGAUUGACAAUAAAAUGUGUCUGUAGACACAAUUGUAACUUUUGAAUAUUAUUUAACUUCAGGGCUGUAUCAAGUGUCUCAGAGUAAUAUUAUGAGUGUGGAUUUUAGGAUCAGUUUUUUCUUCACUAAUUGGUCUUUUGAUCAGGUCUGAAAAAGAUGUGGUUGUGAUUGGUAAAAAUAUCAGAAUUGGGCUGACUGUCUAAACGCAGCCAUAGGGCUGCAGAUUUUUGGUUUGUUUCUUUUUAUAUGCUGUAUGCAUGGGUUCAACCCAAUUCAUUACAUUAUGCCAACUGAAAGACCUUGGGUCGGUUCUUGGACCAGUCCUUCAGAUAUUGACUGUUUAUAAUGAACUCUUUUAGUGAGCUAGUAGUAGUGCAGCUCAGUACAAAGCCUAUUGUUGUUGAUCUAUGGCUUAGUGAUCAGUUGGAAUAGGGUUUUUAUCUAAGUAAGGAAACUGAACUCAUCAUGCUUUUGUAUUUUCCCACAUCAAUCACAACAGAGAACACACCCUAAGGGAAAACAAGGUUCUGAUCCCUCCCAUCUCCAGAGGACUUCUUAUUGGUUCUAACACAGCUCUCUUUGAACCCAUGUAACCCUGGCUCCCUUCAUAAACAUCCUCAUUAGCAAACAACCCACAUUCCUUAUGAAGCCGCUGCACCGCCCCUUUCUCUAUCUCUCUCAUAUUAGCCUGGCCAAGCACCUAGUGGUUUCCCUGAACUGGCCAUGUGAGGUAAGGGAAACUCCUGAUUACAUUCAUUAAUGUGGCCUCCACACCCCAGUGAGAAAGAGUUUUCCUGAAUUAAAAAAAAACAACUUAUGAAUAGCACGUCUAUUUCUGGGUUGGACAAUACCUUUUGUAUUCCUGUUUUUUCCUGUAGUACAGCUCAGUGGCAUGGCCAAUCGUCUGUAAGGAGCAUGAAGGUAAGGAGCAUGCUGCCUCCUACUGGAAAUAAAGAGUCUCCCUCA